AUGCAAGACUGGCACCUCGGGUCACACCUCCAGGAGAGGCCACAGCAGCCGCGAUCCCAGGGAAGGUCAGCAGCCCUGACCGUAGGAGAGGCCAGCAGCCAAGACCUCAGAAGAGGUGGAAAGAAAGUGACGUUCCUAGUGGGAGGUGAUGGAGAACCCGUGGUGGUGGUGCUUGGUGGUGCCAGAGAUGAUGUAGACACCAUUCUUCAGGAGAGAGCCAGGAGACAGGCUGACCUCGAAGCAGACCAACUCAAGUAUAUCCGCCCCCACCUAUAUGCCUCGACCUCAUCAUCGCUGGAAGAAGGUCCUGAUGAAGACAUAUAUGGCAGGAUACACUUCUCCCUCCACUAUGAUGCCACUGAGUCAGUUUUACUGGUGAAGGUGCUGGAGGCUGUUGAUCUUCCUCGACCUGCUUGCAAAGAUCGCAGUGAUAUGGCGCACUCAAACCCCUAUGUCAAGAUCUGUCUUCUUCCAGACACCAAAAACUCUUUCCAAACUACAGUGAAGAAGAAGACGCAGGAUCCUGUCUUUGAGGAGACUUUCUCCUUCGAGCUGCCAUACAGGGAGGUUAUUCGUCGUACCCUAGAACUCAAAGUGAAGGAUUUUGACAAGUACUCUCGCCAUUGUGUCGUUGGCCAUGUGCUCCUGCCUUUACAAAAUGUUAAUUUGGCCAGACCCUCACGUCUUUGGAGACCUCUCGCCCAGUGCAAUCCAGAUGCAGAGGAAUACGGUGAACUGCUGCUGUCGCUGAACUACCUUCCUACUGCUGGGCGCCUUAAUGUAGACAUCAUCAAGGCCAAACAGAUCCUCCAGACCAACCUUGUUCGAGGAGCAGAUCCAUAUGUUCGUGUGUCUCUGGUGGUACGUGGUCGACAUCUCAAGUCAAAGAAAACUGGUGUCAAAAAGAAUACUCUUUCGCCUUCCUUUAAUGAGUCAUUUAGCUUCCAGAUAGCAUCUCCAGAGCUGCGUGAAGCAUCACUUGUGAUCACUGUUUGGGACUGGAAUGGUGGAAUCAUGAGAGACGAAUUUAUUGGCAGAAUUGUCUUAGGGAAACAACCAUCAGGUCCACACGAGAUUAAUCACUGGAACAAUAUGAUGGGGUCACAGAGGCAUGCCGUCGCUCAGUGGCAUUCACUCCAUUCCCGCCAGCAGUGUGAUGAGGUUUCAUCUGCUUCCCGUGCUGUCCCAUGAGCAGUUAGCGGCACUCCAAGAGGAUUGUCUUCAAAGUUAAGCUGACAGGCAUCAUUUACUUGGCACAAGUGUUAGUGUGUUGGCUUUUAUGUCUCAUGUCUUGGGUUCUCCAGGAGCCUUCAUGCAUUGGCUAAGACAGAGUUGCAGGUGGGAAUUAACUAAGUGCUUUAUGGUAAUGCUUUACUGUAUCUGACAGUUUCUUUUCUCUUUCCCUUCAGUGGUGUAGGG